GAAUAGAUCGAACACGUAAGAAUUCAGCAACUUUUUUGUGCGGCAGCCGGGCAACUCUAUCUCGAUGAGCUCAGAGGCCGCUUCUUAUGACCCACGGAACCCCGUCGACGACGAAUCCAACGAAUGGUCACCAGAUGCUCUCAUUCACUUCGAGACGUUCCGCACUGCUUUCCGCGCCUGGCACGAUUCGGAGGCGUCAUUGGACUGGAUACAGCACAGUGAGUGUGCUGUGACUCUCCUGUCAGCGGCGAAUUUGCGACCAUCGCAUUUCUCCUAUGAAGAGGGCAACAACAUCGGCAGUACCGUCGCCACCGCCUCUCCUUCCCCACUCGCAAGGUCGGCUGUGGAGCUCGUCGUGCACGCCCCCUGCUGUGCGAUGUCGGUGAAGCUGACCGAAGAGGAGCAACUGACCUUGGCCCAACUGCCGCGUGUGUUCCCUCUUCCCUCGUCGCCUACUACACAGCAGCGCUCCAGCGGCGGUGCUAAAACUUCCGCUCAGCUUACCUUUUCAGAGCAUCAACAGCGCGUUGUAGGGGCCUUGCUAGCGCGGGCCCAUCACGAUCAUUGCAUCUGGUGCGACCCCAUCCUCUCGCGUCACACCACCGGCGAGCAACGGGAUGAACUGUCGUGCACCGUGCGGCAGCUCCUGCUGGGAGGUCCCUCGCUGGAUCUCACGGACUCAACGCUGGUGCGGGCCUUCUGCGCCGCGGUGGACGCGCGCGCGGCGACCGGGUCGUCCACCGGCGCCGGCGGCGUGAAGGAUGCGCCGACGCGGGGACGUUGUUUGCUGCCGCGUGGUGCACCCCCGAGUGUCGUGCGCGGGUGGAUGGAGGAUACCGUCAGUGCGCUGGAGUCUUCGGAGACGUGGGACGAAGCCGCAGAUGAUGAAGAUACGGAGGAGCAGCACCAAGCCCGACCUGCCCGCCUGCGCUACGUGGGCAGCAGUGUGAAUGACCGCAUUCUGCAGCUUUUCUUCACACCGAAGAAGCGCGUGCGGCAAGACGAGGCAGCGGGAGCGGCGGCAGCACGUGCUGCUAGCGGCGCCUCUGCGGAGGUGGUUAUGGAGUACAUGGGGCUGCUGAUGAGCCUGUACGGUUACACCGUUGCCACGACACCUUCCAAGUUGCAAGAGGACGAGGAGGCGGCGGCGGCUGGAAGGAAGAGUGGCGGAAUCCAUCGGGCUGAAGUUGAUGCAAGCGACAAAAGCAGCGGCAGUGCUACACUGCCCUCCGCUUCUCCUCCUGCGCCAAAAUGGAACGGCCCACCGGCCGUCGUGAGCUCUGAGGAUUCUCGCCAGGGCAAUCGGCACAGGCGCGUCGAAACGGUUAAGCAAUGUCGUACCUUGCCAGCAGCGGACGCGGUGGAGCUACUGGGCCGCCGCAUCACCUGCCGCUACUGCGCCCAUGCUCCAUGUACCGCCGUGCAGCAGGAGGACGUGACGACGACGACCUCGACGACCACGACGACGAUGACUACCGUUGUGACUACAAGGGCGAAUCCGACGCGCUCGAAAUGCAAUGACGCUGUGGCGAGCGGCGUCUCGGACACGCACAACGACGCCUCUCUGGAUCACAAUAAUAAUAGUAGUCAGAGCAACACAGGAGAGAGCGGUGCUGAAAUCGUUGUGGAAAACGAGGAGGUGGCCAUCGGCGAGACGAAGGCGUUAGAGGAGCAGCGCAACGAAGCUACAAGCGAGGAAUCCGUUGAAGAAACCGCUAGUUUGAAAGACGAGCAAGCUGAGAGCGGACCUCCUUCUCCAGGGACACUUUCCGAAGACAAGGACGGCGAUGAAGAAACUGUGGAGAGACCUGAUUCUGCCGAAGCCGCGGAACCGGCCGGUGGCGUUUAUGGCGAAAAGGAGCAUGCGGACCCUUCUCCCCAGGAACACGAGGAGCCCACGGUGGAACUGAACAUUGCAUCCGCUCCUGAAAACCGGCCACUGGCCGACGGCAACGACGACGACGUCGGCACACCAGUAAAACCCGAGAGGGAGCAGGUUCGUCCGUCUGACUCCGCGGCGACCCAAACAGGACCGGCCGCGAUCACGACGGUGACCAAGGCAGUGACCUCAACCUCUACGGCUAAAGCAACGCAGUCGACGACCACCAUCACAAUUACCUUCUCGCGUCGCAACACCACACCCUAUCACCCCGGGCAUCACCAUUGCUGUCCGUGGCACAAGCUCUUCUUAACGCAGGCGAUCGAUGCGACGGCGCUGGCCACGGCGGAGCGCUGCAUGGACUUCACGUGGGUCGUGGACGAGGCCGAGGAUGAGACGACAACGACGACGGAGGAGGAGGGGGAAGCCACUGCGGAAGCGACGGGCAGCUGGUCAGGAGAGACAGACGCUGCCGUUGACCAAGUUGUGAGCAACGAACCAUACGCGACGGAAGACUCGUUGCCUCUUCAACUUGAGGUCGCAGGCACGGCGAUGACGUUGUUCUCCGGCGAGCACGAUGCAGAGGGAUCAGGAGAAGCCCUGGUCAGAGAAGUAGAAACGGACAGGUGCAGCGACGGCGGUGAUGAUGACGGGGCAGAGGGAAUCACCCAUCGCACGGUGCUCGUGUUGCGCUUCUUUCUUUCCGAGGUGGAGCGCCUGAUCACGGCGUGGCGGCUCAGCGAGGAGUGGGAGCGCACACGGCCGAGUUCGUAUUUGCAGCACCCAUUGUGGCGUACGUGGAGCACCUCUCACUCGCUUCACCCGAUACACACGGAGGCCUCGGAUGGGGCGAUGGAGCAAUACCUGCGGGCGCUCGAAAGACGACUUCGGCCUACCGAGGGAGCCGAAGAGGACGACGGCGAGGCCGAUGGUGCUUUUGGUCGUUUAACUGCACUGUCGCUUGUGAAUGCCUUGGGCUCACGGAAUGAGUUGCUGACAACAAUUGGGGCCCCUCUCUAUAAGCCGUCCACUGCCACCGCGAAUAAAACGGCAGAGACCGCGUUGCGCCUUGCAGAGGCGUCGUUGAAGAGGUGCUUUGCUGUCGACAAGAAUGCCGCCACCACUGCUGUCGCUGCGCUGGACGACCCGGCGAGUGCGCGGUCGCUGCUGAGAGCGGGGUUGCGUUCCUUGCUGGCAACGUCAGAGCUGCGCUCCUCGCAAGCCGUGGAUCCCGCUGCUGCGCGCGAUGACGCAACGGAGGAAGGAGGCACGCCGCCUACCACGUAUCAGAACACCGCAGUGGAGCGCGGCGGAGAAGAGCCGUGCUUGUCCGAGGACUCCGCGGCGGACGCCUUUCUCGCACAGCUGCAACUGCGCUACCGCAAAGACCAAGAGGCUGUAGAGGAUUCUCCUCUUCAUCGUUUUCGCACUGCCUUGCACCGGGCUGCCGUGCCACACGCGCUUUAUCCCUUUCUCGCUCCGCACUACUGCACUGUGCACGCAGUCACUGCCACGGACGCUACGCCGUCCUCCGUCACCCGACCUUCCAGCGAACCCAUGUACGCUGUUGGACCGAGUCCGACCACUACGGCAGCCAGCAAGGACACCAACGUGCCGUUCGCCUCUUCGGUGUUUCACGCGAUGACGGACACCGAUCGGGAGACGGUGAAGCAGUAUGUGCACGACAUGCGGCAGACCACGCAGGAGGAGCAGCUGCAGCUUCAGCGGGAAAAGACGUUGGAGGCACAACGCGCCGCCGCCGCUGCUGCUGCUGCUGCUGCUGCCGCGGCGACGGCUGCGCGAGCCCAAGCCCAAGCCCAAGCGCAAGCCGCAGCACCUCCUGCUGGCGCCCCCAAGACAGUCGCAAAGACGGCACAGACAACUCAGAAGAACACGGCAGCGCAACAGCUGCCGCACCACGCCAAAGCCCCCGUGGAUCAAAGAAAUCGCACCGCAGCAACAGUGGGCGGUAACAGCGGUACAAAGCCGCCAUCGACGGCUCAGAGUGGGCCGCAGCACGCGACUAUGCCGAAUGCGCCUCUUCCAGCGCCGCACGGGCCGGGCAACGAGCGCUGGGGUGUUUAUCCUCCUCAUCCACCACCGCUUCCCAAUGCUGGUCCGCUGCCGCCGCAGCCUAGAGUGUGGAAUAGCGGAGCGGACUUCUCCAUGGUCUCACCGCCCCCGCCAGUGUUCUUUGACUUCGACGGCAACGCCAGUGCACCAAUGCCGUACAACUUCAACCCCGCCCAGCCCGUCUUUUCUCAGGAUGGCGGCGGUGGAGGGGGCGUCGUUGUGGCGGAGGGCAACACCAACGGCAGCAUCAACGGCGCUGUUAUGUCGUCAAUCGGCUUCCCGUUUGGCUGGUCGCCUUUGGCGGCGGGGUCCGAAGGGCUUGGGGUUAAUAGUCGUAGCAGUGAAGCUCCGGGCGGUGACGGUAUUCUUAGUUUUGGAGGCACUGGGCCGAUGCUGUCUUCAUCAUCGUCGUCUCCGCAUCCACCGCCACCACUACCACCACCGCCGGUGUUGUUUGGUGGGUACAGCAACAACGAGAGUGCUGGUGGGCGCCGUAGUGAUGGACGCAACCCUCGCACCACUUUCGUCUUGGGCAACGUCGAUGUAGGUAACACGAGUGUCUUGAGCACCGGCGGCAGCAGCGCCGACGACGCGCGGCUGUCGAAUUGGAGCGCUCAAUCCAACCCCACGCAUACUUCUUCUUCUGGUGGUGGCGCUCUCUUCUCGAACGCUGCGGGUGUUCUCUCGGGCAACGCAGGAGUCGGCGCGUACAAUGUUGACGUCAGGAACAACAGUAAUAACAGCAGAACGAACGAAGCUGCACGUCCGGCUGCCCCGCCGUCGCAGACGUCCUCCCCUUUUCAGGGACGAGGCGGCGCACCAGGCACAGCUGCGCCACGUCGCGGAGGUGGUGGUGGCGGAGGGCGACCGCAAGCACAGACCAGCAUCGGCAGCAGCAACAUUCACAAUGUAAGCGUCAAUUCAGCCAACAGCGCAGGUCGUGCUGUCCUCGGAGGAGGCCCAAGUGGUGGCGCUGGUGGUGGUCGCAGUGGACGCGGACGUAGCCGUGGCGGGGCACCAUGGAGAGGUGGUGGUGGUGGUGGCGGUGGUGGUGCACGCGGCGGUCACCGGCGUGGAAAUGCGUAG